GUUUCCGGAAGAGGACUCACGUGUGUGCCGACCUCUUGAUGGUGAUGUUUAUAAAGUUGGUUAAUUGAACCUUUACCGAACCUGUUUGCGUGUUUUUAAUGACCGCUUCACGCGCGCUGCUGGGGCUCGCGACGGCGCUGCGCGUGAACGGCAAACGUCUCCUCCUCGCACGUGGUUUUCCCUGUUCAAGUCCAUCACCAGGUCCCGGUCCCGGUGCCCCCUCCCGGGCCAUGGCGACCCCCACCCCCGGCCCCGGCCCCGGCCCCGGCCCCGGGCAGAGGAAGGCCCGGCAGAAGGAGCCGCUGCGGCGGCUGAAGACCCGGGAGAACCGCGGCCGCCACGGGGACGCGCACGGACCGUCCACCGUGUACGCGCAGGUGGUCGGAGCCGGAACCAGAGACAACGCGGGGUCUCUGUACGUGUUCUCCGAGUUCAACAGGUACCUGUUCAACUGUGGCGAAGGAACCCAGAGACUCAUGCAGGAGCACAAGUUGAAGGCGGCCCGUCUGGACAACAUCUUCCUGACCCGGCUGAGCUGGGACAACGUGGGAGGAUUAUCAGGAAUGAUCCUGACGCUGAAGGACACCGGUGUCCCCGAGUGCGUCCUGUCUGGACCUCCUCAGCUGGAGAGCUACCUGAACGCCAUCAAGUCCUUCUCCGGGCCGCUGGAGGACAUCAAGCUCUCGGUUCGGCCGUACACCGACGAGGCGCACAGCGACGAAACCAUGACGGUGCACCAGGUGCCCAUAUUUGCCAAGUCGAGGACAAACGGAGGAAACAGUCCCACCGGGCCGGGGGGGGACAGCCCGUCUCCAAGGAGCGACGGCGUCCACGGAGGCGGAGGAUCGUCCGGCGCGCGUCCGGUCGGACGUUCGAUCAAAGGGCUGGAAACUAGACGUCGCUGUGACGGCUGUUUGUGUCUCCCAGGUGAACGGCGGACAGCGUGCAGAGAUCCGUCUCUGGUGGUCGCGUUUGUGUGUAAGCUUCACCCCAAGAAAGGAAACUUCCUGGUCCCUCAGGCCCGAGAGCUGGGGCUGCCCGUGGGGACGGCGGCCAUCGGGCCGCUCAUCGCUGCCCUGAAAAGCGGGAAGAGCAUCGUUCACGAAGGAAAAGAGAUCCGACCGGAGCAGGUCUGCACGCCCACCGACCCGGGUCCGAUCUUCCUGGUCCUGGAGUGUCCGUCGGAGGAGUUCGUCAGCGCCGUCUGCACCAAUCAGGAGCUGCGGAGGUACCAGACGGACGGGACGGAGGACUCGGCCGUGCUGGUGGUCCACAUGACGCCGGAACCGGUCCUGCGGACGGACCAGUACAGGGAGUGGAUGGAGAGGUUCCCGCCCACGACGGAACACCUGAUCCUGAAUGAACAGGUGGGCUCGGUCCACAACGUCCGGAGCCACAAGAUCCAGACGCAGCUCAACAUGAUCCACCCGGAGAUCUUCCCCCUGCUGAAGGAGUACGAAGCUAAGGAUCCUCCGGCGUCGUUCUCCGUCCGCGCCGUCAGAGCUGAGUGUCUGCUCAAGUUCCAGCUGCGGCCGCUGAUGGAGUGGCAGAGGGACGCCGUCCCGCCCUGCAGCGCCGACGCCUUCGUGAAGGAAGCGUCCGAGGUCCCGGACUUCCUGGAGGAGGUGGAGAAGGUCCGAGGGAUCUGCUCCGGGGCCGACGCUGGUUCUUCAGGUCCGGAGGGGAAGUACCCGGAGGUAAUCUUCCUGGGGACGGGAUCCGCCCUCCCCAUGAAGAUCCGAAACGUCAGCGGAACUUUAGUCAACAUCAGCCUGGACCGAUCGCUGCUGCUGGACUGCGGCGAGGGAACGUUCGGCCAGCUCUGCCGUCACUACGGCGACGGCGUGGACGAGGCUCUGGCCCGGAUCUCCACGGUCUUUAUCUCACACCUGCACGCCGACCACCACACGGGCCUGGUGCAGCUGCUGCUGGAGAGGCGGCGAGCGCUGGAGGUUCUGGGGAAGCCUCCCAGCCCCGUCGUCCUGCUGGCGCCGCUGCAGAUCAUGACGUGGCUCAGCCAGUACCACGACUGUGGAGAGGAGAUUCUGGGACACUUCAACAUCGUCUCCAACCGGCUGCUCUUCGACGACGCCGAGGCGCUGAGGCCGAAGACGAAGGCGCUGGUCCGGGGGCUGCUGCGGGACAACCAGCUGGACAAGUUCCAGACCUGCUUCGUCCGCCACUGCAAGAACGCCUUCGCCUGCAGCUUCACACACCGGUCGGGAUGGAAACUGGUGUUUUCUGGGGACACGAUGCCGUGUGACGCCCUGGUGGACAUCGGGAAGGACGCCACCCUGCUGAUCCACGAGGCCACGCUGGAGGACGAGCUGGAGGAGGAGGCCGUGGAGAAGAGACACAGCACCACCUCCCAGGCCAUCGGCGUGGGCAUGAGGAUGGGGGCCGACUUCAUCAUGCUGAACCACUUCAGCCAACGAUACGCCAAGAUCCCGCUGUUCAGCCCCGACUUCAACCAGCGGGUCGGGAUCAGCUUCGACCACAUGAGGAUUCGUUUCAGAGACUUUGCAACGAUCCCCCGACUCAUCCCGGCUCUGAAGACGCUCUUCGCCGCCGAUAUCGGAGAGAUGGAGGAGAGGAGGGAGAGGAGGGAGCUGAGGAACCCCAGGGAGGCCGUCGCCGAGGCCGUCGUCAAGGGCGUCGUCAAGGGCGUCGUCAAGGGCGUCGCCGAGGCCGGACGGGGCGUCAAGAGAGACCUGGAGGAGGCGGCAGCGGAGACGAAGAGGAGGAAGAGCAGCUGAGGAAGAGGAAGAGGAGGUGGUGAAGAGCUGCUGACUGGACAGAGUUUCAGCAAAAACGAGCCCAAAGAAACGAAGGCUUCGCUGCAUCCUGACUAAUUUAAUUUAAAUGAACUUUUAUUUGUGUGGUUUGAUGGAAGCGUGUCGGUUUUCCUGCAUGACGCGGACGAGUCUGUACAUAUACUUUCUUUCAGCUGAAUAAAGCGGCA